GUGCGCAGAAGCUACCCUAUAUUGACUUGAAUCAAGAUAAUGGCAGAGUCCAGGUCCCUGGAGUAUAAACCAACAUGGGUGGUUGCAGCGGUCUGUUUUGUCAUUAUUCUUAUAUGUCUUUUCGCUGAACGUGGCCUUAAUCACCUUGGAAAGUGGUUGAGGCGUAACAAACAAGAUGCACUGUUUGAAGCAUUACAAAAACUAAAAGCAGAAUUGAUGCUAUUAGGAUUCAUUUCCCUUCUAUUAAAUGUCUUUCAAGGUCUAAUAAGUCAAAUCUGCAUCCCAACUCACUUGGAAUCUAGUAUGCUUCCAUGCAAGAAGCAUACUGAAAGCAAAAGUCACAAAGAAUUUUCUUCUCUAGCUGUCAAUGGACAUCUCCUCUUUUCUGCAGAUAGUAGUUCAGAGCAUUGUUCACGUGAGGGGAAGGUCCCUUUAUUAUCAACGGAAGCAUUUCAUCAGCUGCACAUUUUAAUCUUUGUAGUGGCAGUUGUCCACGUGGUAUCCUGUGCCAUUAUAUUGGUUCUUGGCGGAGCCAGGAUACGCGAAUGGAAACCUUGGGAAGAGUGGAUUUCUAAAGUAGAAAAGGGUAUAGACACUCAUAACCAUCAUCUUCAAAAGGUACUCGAAAAACAUGCAUGGGGAUAUUGGAGAAAGGCAGCUGUUGUGAGCUGGACCAUGUCAUUUUUUAAACAGUUUCAUAGCCCUGUUACCCUGUCAGAGUACAUAGCACUUCGAGAUGGGUUUAUCAUGACCCAUUGCCCUGACAAUCGUGAAUAUGAUUUUCACAAGUACAUGACAUUGUCACUUGAAAGGGACUUCAGACAUGUUGUUGGCAUAAGCUGGUACCAAUGGCUAUUUGUGGUGGUGUUUUUGACAUUGAAUGUGGAAGGAUGGCACGCGUAUUUCUGGUUAUCAUUUCUACCUGUAGUUCUUCUACUUCUUGUGGGAGCCAAGCUAGAGCACAUAAUAGUUCGUUUAGCUCAAGAUGUUGAUGAAAUGAAGAAGCUGCAGGGGCGGGAAGCAGCACCACCAGUAAAACCUUCCGAUGAAUACUUCUGGUUUAAUCGCCCUCGGAUCGUUCUUCACUUUAUUCACUUUAUUCUAUUUCAGAAUGCCUUUGAGAUUGCAUUCUUCUUCUGGAUCUUGUGGACCUAUGGUUUCCAUUCAUGCAUCAUGGGAAGAAAAGGCUAUAUCAUCACUAGACUCAUAAUGGGUGUAAUUGCUCAAGGUCUAUGCAGUUACAUCACCUUGCCCUUGUAUGCUCUCGUCACAAAGAUGGGAACGUCUUUUGAGCCCGUGCAACUGCAACUGCAAUCAUCUAUUAACAUUUGAAUGAAGAAACAGAAAGGUGACACCGGAAAGAUGGGCUAAUCUGGUGCAAGUGUGAAAGAGAUGAAUAAGCUGGAAAAUGAAUCAUAUUGAAGUGUUCACAUUGGACAGCUAGAAACGAUCAGUGUUGAAGAAACCACUAAAUCAAAAAUAGAUCUGUCGUGUGCAGAUCAAACUAUCCUGGCCCUGCAAUGCUUUAUGGACAGCGGUGUUGCACAAGACUGUUCUUAGGAACAAUAUACACUGGAUUUUUAACUCUAGACAUUAACAAUGGAGGACAGGAUUAGGUUCAGAUAUACAGAAUAAACGAUAACUCAUGUAACAAGCAGAAAAGGAAUAAUAGAUAUUAGCCCAUUUUGUUGAA